UUUACUUGCUUUGUCAGCGGUGUCCCCGCAGCAGAUAUCUCAUGUUCCUCACCUGCUGCUGACCAGAACCUUGGACUUUUGUCUCAGACAGUGACUUAUCUCAUCAUCAGGAUUCCUUAUCAGCUAUUUCCUCUCUUGCAGCAUUUUCUUGGCCAGCCUCUUGCGGACCUUGAGCGGGGGCACGUCGGGUUCACAGUUUUUUUUUUUACCUAGCAGAGAAAGAUGACGUUAAAAUCCAAUAAAAACGAACCUGCUGUCAUACUGGAGCCGGUGAACAGCGUCCGGACAGCCCUCUCCGAUCUCUACCUGGAGCAGCUCCUUCAAAACAAACCAAAGUCUGACAAGGCUUCUAUGGAGACAUAUGAGAAUAAAGGAGCUGAAGUUUACACGAAUGGUAGUGCUCGACUCAUGAACGGCACAGGACUGACCAAGAUGAAAGAAGUAGAAUUUGAAAAAAAUCCCUCGGAGCCAAUGGGGGUCACUCUGAAACUGAACGACAAACAAAGGUGCACUGUGGCCAGAAUAUUGCACGGGGGCAUGAUCCACAGACAAGGGUCCUUACAUGAAGGGGACGAAAUAGCAGAAAUCAAUGGAAAAAGUGUGACAAACCAAAGUGUUGAUCAGCUACAAAAGAUUCUGAAAGAAACCAAUGGAGUAGUCACCAUGAAGAUCAUUCCCAACAUGCAGAGUCGAUCCCGAGCCUGCGAGAUGUAUAUGAGGGCCCAGUUUGACUAUGACCCCACCAAGGAUGACCUCAUCCCAUGCAAAGAGGCAGGUCUGAAGUUUCAAACCGCUGACAUCAUUCAGAUCAUUAACAAGCAGGACCCGAACUGGUGGCAGGGCAGAGUGGAGAGCACUGCUGCUGACUUUGCUGGACUGAUACCAUCCCCAGAGCUCCAGGAAUGGAGGGUGGCAAGUAAAAGCAAGGCCAGAGAGGGCAGUCAGUCCUGCAGCCCAUUCGGAAAGAAAAAGAAGUGCAAAGACAAGUACCUGGCUAAACACAGUUCUAUUUUUGACCAGCUGGAUGUGAUUUCUUAUGAGGAGGUUGUCCAGCUUCCUGCUUUUAAACGGAAAACCUUGGUGCUUAUUGGUGCACCAGGUGUAGGAAGGAGCCAUAUCAAAAAUGCACUAUUGACCAAAUACCCAGAGAAAUUUUGCUACCCUGUACCACACACCACUAGACCCCCACGAAAGGAUGAGGAGGAAGGACAGGAGUAUUAUUUCAUCUCCAACGAAACCAUGACCAAGUCCAUCUCUGGGAAUGAGCUGCUGGAGUAUGGCAGCUUCCAGGGAUUUAUGUUUGGUACCAAAAUUGAGACCAUCCAGAAGAUCCACGACGAGGAAAAAAUCGCUCUGCUGGAUGUGGAACCACAGACCUUGAAAGUCUUACGGACUGCUGAUUUUGCACCUCUCGUCGUGUUCAUCGCUCCCACCGACACAGCUCCCCAGACGGAGAACCUGCAGAUGAUCCAGAAAGAGUCCGACGCCAUUCUGACCACAUACAGACACUUCUUCGAUGUGGUUCUUGUCAACAACGACGUGGAUGAGAGCGUAAAAGGCGUGGAGGAGGCCAUGGAGCGUGCCACCUCCACCCCACAGUGGGUGCCUGUAUCAUGGGUGUACUGAUUCACCAAUGUAAUACCUAUUGUUUGUUGACAAGCAGUGCAAUAUCACUCCUUACACAAAACCUCUGAGUUAGUGAUGUCCCAGGUGUGUAUGGGUUUACUUUUGCUCAAUGUUAAUUGUCACUGAGAUUUUUUUGCACAUGUGCAUCCAAAAAAAAGAAGCAAUAUAUUGCACAAUUAUUCGGCAAAUUGUAUUCCUCAGGAUUAAUUUGUAUUGUUGAACAAAUACAAUGCUCUCAUUCAAUCUGAAAUGUUAUUGGACGGCAAGCCUGAAUGUUUAGCAGAGGAUAAAUGAGUUUUGUCUUUCUUAGGGUAGUGUAUGUGUGCACAAUUAUUAGACAACUAUAAGUGUGCAGAAUUAUCAGGCAACUAAAUUAUAAAAGGAUUUUUUCCAACUCACUUGUUUAUGCUUAAUUUUUGGAGUAAGUGUAACAUUAUGUAACACAAAAUGACAAUGAUAUACCAUUUUUGGCCUUUUAAUAUAGCCUUUUUUUCAAAAACUGCUGUGAGCCUUUCAUCCAUGGAGUCUGUCAGUUUCUUGAUGUGUUCUUUGACUGAAGCAGCAACCAGAGCCUCCUAAAUGCUGUUCAAAGAGGUGUAUUGUCUUCCCUCGCUGUAAAUCUCAUAUUUGAGAAGGUCUCACAAGUUCUUAAUAAGUCAGGUAAGGAAGGGGGCUAGAUCAUCAUUUGGUCAUCUUUGAGGCCUUUGUUGACUAGCCAAGCAGUUGAGUAUUUGGAUGUAUGUAAUGAAGCAUUGUCUUGAAUAAAGAUAUAGCCUAUUGGAAUGCUGAGGGCAUCUUCAUGUACCUCUGCUUAUCUUCCAGAAACUGGCAGCAAGUUUGUGAGAUGAUUUUCAGUCCGUCUUUAACCCAAAAAGGUCCAGCUAGGUCAUCCCUAAUGAUAGCAGUACCUACCAGGAACCCCCUUAUCCAACUUUCAGGCACCUGUUUCAAAGCUCUCGACAGUUCAACUUGUGAAUCUUUUUUCAAUGGUGGUUGUGUUUCAGCCUUCUUUAUCUUGGCCAUGUCUCUAAUCACGUGACACCUUGUACCUCAGGACUCUCCAGGUAGGUUGCAGCUCUGGACAUGGUGGCACUGGAGGAUAAAGGGUUCCUGGUAGCUUCACAUUUAAUUCUUCUGAAGGUCUUUUGCUGUUAAUUUGCACCAACACUGUUGACUAUUUGCAACAAAAAGUCCAUUUGUCCGGUUGUCACGCCUCAGUAGUUUAACUUUUUAAAGGUAUUUUACAAUUUUUCACUUUUCUAGCUGCCUAAUAAUUAUGCACUAAUCACUUGAGGACACACCUUCCCUCAUUGCACAAAUACAUGUCACCUGAAAAUGAAUAAAUCCAAGCUUUCAGGUUUUUAUGGUUUUUAGCUACUCACUUGCCUAAUAAUUGUGCACACAGUGUAUAAAGGUUUGUAACAGUGAGUUGAGAACCUCAUAAGGGAUGUUUGGUUGUCUGAACAUUGUGUGCUUCAGGCUUUGGAGGGGCUAUGGGAUAGUUUUGAUGGUGAUCGUUGGAAUGUGAGCAAAUGCAAAACAGGACCACAACUGUGAAUGAAAUCCUCACUUUUAAAUGACAGGAUUUUUAACGUGUUUAACAUUGACUCUACAUUCAUUGUAAUUUUUCUUUUUUCUGUUCUCAUUAGAUUGUGCCAUGUAAUUAAGAUUCUGAAACGGUUUGUUCAUAUAGUGUGUGUAACUCCUUACAAUCAGUCAGUCAUUGAUAACCUCACCUGUCACACCUCAUCAAUAUUGUAUACCUCAUGAGGUACUGUAAAGGCACUUUCAAACAGAAAAUAAAUUUCCCAGCUCUGUUGAACUGCUUUUUUGACU